UGAAUUACUGCGUUUGCUAGCUGCAGCUUUAUCUGCUACAAUGAGCCCAUACAUGAUAUCGAUAGCGAUGGUUGUGACAAUGAGCGGAUCAUCAUGAUCAUCAUAGCGGGGUCAAAGUCGACGACGAGGCGCGCAGUGGAGUGAAUUAGGAGAGGAGAAGGAGCAGCUCAUUGUGGUAUUACAAGCCAGGCAGGAGGGGAUCCCGGUGUGCGUGUGUCUCUGUGUCUCUGUCAAGCGAAGUGAGCGGUGGUUGUGAGGAGGAGAAGGAGACCAGUAAGCCGAUCAAGGCGGAAUCGCACGCAAAGGGGUUUCACGUCUGGGGAUUUUUGCGCACCUAUACAUGACGGUGUGAACGAGGUUGCAAGGAUGAUGCGUCUAGCCUGUUGCACAGCCCUGCUGUUCGUGUUGAAGCUGCUGGUGGGCUUGCCUUGGUACCAGGUUCUCCCGGCCAUCCUGAUCUUCUACCUGGGGAGCGGAGGAUGGAGCUUCCUGCAGAUUUUCGCCAAAACAAUUUGCAGAGACUUACAUGCGGCGGGUGUGCUAUUGCGGGUGAAGCUGAACGUCAGACGCCACCUCAAAGAGAAGAACACCAUUCCCAAGAUCUUUGCUGAAACGGUGCGCCGCCACGGGGACAAAACAGCGCUGAUCUUCGAGGGAACUGGGGAGAGGUGGACCUUCCGACAGCUGGAUGAGUACUCCAACAAAGUGGCCAACCUGCUGCUGGAACGGGGUUUCAAGGAUGGCGACGUGGUGGCGCUUUUCAUGGAGAACAGGUCUCAGUACGUGGGCCUCUGGCUUGGCAUGGCCAAGAUCGGAGUAGAGGCCGCUCUAAUCAACUUCAAUUUGAGACUAGAGGCCUUGGUCCACUGUGUCACCAUCUCCAAUGCCAAGGCUGUGGUGUUUGGCUCGGAGCUGAAUGAAGCGGUGUCUGAGGUCCACAGUUUGAUGGGGAAGACAGUGCAGAUGUUUUGCUCCGGAGACUGGGACCCCAAAGUAGUGCCGCAGGGCACCGAGUGCCUAGAGCCCCUGCUGGAUAGUGCCCCGUCUCACCUGCCAAGCCAGCCGCAACGCUGCUUCACAGAUCGCCUGUUCUACAUCUACACGUCAGGAACCACUGGGAUGCCUAAAGCUGCUAUUGUUGUGCACAGCAGGUACUAUCGCAUGGCAGCCUUGGUAUAUUACGGUUUUAAGAUGACUCCAGAUGAUGUGUUGUAUGAUUGCCUUCCGCUCUACCACUCUGCAGGUAACAUUGUGGGAGUGGGCCAGUGUUUAAUCCACGGCAUGACUGUAGUCAUCAGAAAGAAGUUCUCCGCCUCACGUUUCUGGGACGACUGUGCCAAAUACAACUGCACUAUUGUACAGUACAUUGGUGAGAUCUGCCGAUACCUGCUGAACCAGCCAGUUCGGGACAUGGAGAAACAACAUCGGGUGCGCAUGGCGCUGGGCAACGGCCUGCGCCAGUCCAUAUGGGUGGAGUUCAUGAAUCGCUUCAAUAUCCCACAGAUCGCAGAGUUCUACGGAGCCACAGAGUGCAACUGCAGCCUGGGCAACUUCGAUAACAAGGUUGGAGCAUGUGGCUUCAACAGUCAGAUUCUGCCCUACAUCUACCCAAUCAGACUGGUGAGGGUUGAUGAGGAGACCAUGGAGCUCAUUAGGGGACCUGAUGGCGUCUGUAUUCCCUGUAAACCUGGUGAACCUGGGCAGCUUGUUGGCAGGAUCAUUCAGAACGACCCUCUUCGGAGGUUCGACGGCUAUGUCAACCAAUCAGCAACCAGCAAGAAGAUUGCUCAAAGUGUCUUCAAGAAGGGAGACACCGCCUAUCUCUCUGGUGACGUGUUGAUCAUGGAUGAUUGCGGUAGCAUGUUCUUCAAGGACCGCACAGGAGACACUUUCCGCUGGAAAGGAGAGAACGUCUCGACGACCGAGGUGGAGGGAACUCUCAGCAGGCUGCUAGACAUGAAAGACGUAGUCGUCUAUGGAGUAGAAGUACCAGGAGCAGAGGGAAAGGCUGGAAUGGCUGCCAUCGCCGAUCCGUCUCACACCACUGACCUGGAGAAGUUUGUGAAGGACAUGGAGAAAGCACUCCCUCCGUACGCCAGACCUGUAUUCCUCCGCUUCCUUAAGGAGGUCAACAAGACAGGAACGUUUAAGUUUCAGAAGACGGACUUGCGCCGGGACAACUUCGACCCCACUGCGGUGCCAGAUAGACUGUACUUCCUGGAUUCCAGAAGAGGGUGUUAUGUGCAGCUGGACGAGGAGCUUUACCACUCCAUACUGUCAGGGAAAAACAAAUUGUGAUGAGCAGGCUGACCACUACAUCUACACAUGUACAUGCAGACACACACACACAUACAGAUACAGAAAAGAAGACAAUAUUGUGUGACCAGGAUAGCAGAAUGCAGAGCCUUCUCCCCUUAAUGAAAUACAUAUAAAGUAAUAGCCAUACACACUCCUCGCACCCAUACUCGAAUGCCAACACAUUUACACACACAUUGUAUCCCAAAACCACUUUGCUCUUUAAAAAUCCCUAAAAGCAGACUCAUGCACUCCACACACACACACACACAAACACACAGCACCACUCCAUCCAUCCCCAGCAACUCCUCUCGCUACCUCAGCAAACACAGAGAGAGGCACAAACCUAGUAACUAUUUGGUAACUUGAAACCAACCCUUCAUAGCCACAAGAAUCCUGUCCAUCCUGGUCUGUCAAACCACACGUGUUGCUGAGGGAACACAACUGUGAGAGAUGCGGACGUACAGGUUACCUGGCAUCCGGAAUGCAAAAACUUUAAACAACAGAUAUCCACAGACUUUAAAAGGAUGCUGAGAAGGAACAUGGAUUCAGUACAAAAAAAAGUGUGUGUGGGACAACAGAGGGACCUAUGAGGACCUAAACUGUCUCUCGGCUUCGUCAGCGAGACUGUUUUACGUGAAAGACUCUACCGUCGACUUCACCUGCGCAAUUAGCCAUCGAUGACAAACCUGUGUGACAUCUACAGCUUUCCUCUAUCUGAGGUUAACUUUAUAAAACAGUUUCCGGCACCUCUCUGGUCUCCUUGUCUUCAUUUCCACCCUCGCUCUGCAGAGCUUGAGAUGAAAAUGAGGAAAGGACACCCUUUUUU